AAGUGUCACGUCAUUCAGCGCGGCUCGAUCCUCAUUGGCUAGCGGGUAAAUUUGAAACGCAACCACUUCGAAUGCUAAACUACUAGCAAUACAUUCAACGGAAGACAGUCAGAUGGAGCGUUAAGGACGGACACAUAAUAGACGUGUUUAAUUAAAUAAUUAAAAAAAAAUCACCAAGAAAAAUCUCCAGAACAUUUCACGCGGCUCGACGGUUGUAACAUGGAGCCCGUAGUAAUGAACCUUCAUCAUCUGUUUGAGAAUCUUCGAGCCCACGUCGACGUCCUCAAUGAGAGUGUUGAGCCCAAGUUCAUUCAGAUGGCAGUGAAUUUUGAGGACUGUCGUCGCAAAUGGCUGAGAGUGGAGCAGGAGUUGGCCUCCUGUAAGGAGGUGCUUGCCAAAGCAGAGACUGAGAGAGGUGCGCUGGAGGUCAAGCUCAAACAUGCUCGCAACCAAGUGGACGUCGAAAUCCGUAGACGACAGAAAGCAGAAUCCGACUGUGAGAAACUGGAUCGUCAGAUUCAACUCAUUCGAGAUCUGUUGGUCACAGAGGGUUCCAGUAACAGUAUCCAGUUAAACGAUGAGCAGCGGUCAGCGCUGGCUUUCCUCAACGCACGCUCACAAGCACCUGCCAACCUCAACAGCAGCCGAAGGCUGACCACUAUUGACGAAUCUGCCUCUAUUUUGUCGGAUAUUAGCUAUGAUAAAACUGAUGAUUCAUUGGACUGGGACUCUUCUGUUGUCAGAACUGUUCGACUGAAGAAACGUCAGAAGAGACGCUCCUCCAGAAACCAUACUGAUGGCCCUCCGGUUGCUUCCAAGAGAUCCCGGUCCACAGGCCGCACCUCUGAGAAAGGAAAUGAGUCUCUAGUGGCCAAGACCACAGUGACCGUGCCCAACAAUGGUGGUCCCAUAGAGGCUGUCACCACUGUUGAAGCUGUGCCUUACUGGACCAGAAGCAGGAGAAAGACUGCUGCCAUGGUUUGGGACACAGCAGAUACAGAUUCUGUGCAGUCUGUAGACAUAUUGAAGCAGACUGAGAGCAAAGCGGAGCCCAGCACACCGCAGAGCAGUGGGGGUGUUCGUCUACAUGAGUUCGUUUCCAAAACGGUGAUAAAGCCGGAGUCCUGUGUUCCUUGUGGGAAGAGGAUCAAGUUUGGAAAAAUUUCUCUGAAGUGCAGGGAUUGUCGUGUGGUCACCCAUCCUGAGUGUCGAGACCGCUGUCCGCUGCCCUGCAUCCCUAACAUGUCUGGGACUCCAGUAAAAAUUGGAGAGGGCACUCUCGCAGACUAUGUCUCUGUCACCUCCCCCAUGAUUCCACCACUGGUGGUCAACUGUGUGAAUGAAAUUGAGCAGAGAGGCCUACAUGAGACUGGUCUGUACCGUCUGUCUGGUGCUGACCGUGUGGUGAAGGAGCUGAAGGAGAAGUUUCUGCGUGGAAAGACUUUUCCUCUACUAAGUAAGGUGGAGGAUAUCCAUGCUAUUACUGGCCUCCUCAAGGACUUCCUGAGAAACCUUAAAGAGCCACUGCUCACCUUCCGCCUCAACAGAACUUUUAUGGAGGCAGCAGAGUUAGCUGAUGAUGACAAUUCCAUUGCACUGAUGUAUCAAACCAUCAGUGACCUGCCUCAGCCAAACAGGGACACUCUGGCCUUCCUGAUCAUCCAUCUGCAGAGAGUUGCCCAAAGCCUUGAUACUAAGAUGGAUGUGACUAAUCUGGCUCGUGUGUUUGGACCCACCAUUGUGGGUCAUGGUGUACCUGAUCCAGACCCAAUGACCAUUCUGCAGGACACAAAGCGACAACCUAGGGUUGUUGAACGCUUGCUGAGCUUGCCUACAGAGUACUGGAGCCAGUUCAUGAUGGUGGAGCAGGACCAAGCUCACACUGGUCACAUGAUUAUUGAGAACACCAAUGUUUAUUCCACUCCAGACCAAAAAGUGAGUAUGUUUGGCCCCCUCACCACUCCAGAGCAGCAAAUGAGCAAGACUUCGUCUUCUAGUUCUCUGUCUCAGCGUAUGAGAAAUGCUACGCUGGGUGUUAUCACUCCUAAGUUUGGCAGCAAGAGCAAGUCUGCUGUCAGCUUCAGUCGCCAGGGGAACUUCUUUGCCUCUCCUCUGCUAAAGUAGCCAGCAAAAGUCCAGGGCACAUAGAGCUACCCCUGACUAAUUUUUCAGGACGUAGAUGCUGUACUCUGUACAAUUAAUCUAUAUCUGUCUGUGUUGAUGUGUAGAAAUACCAAUGUUUUAAACAUAUUUGUUUUUUAUAUUUUCAUCAUUUUUUAAAAAAUUUUAUUUUAUUUUUUACGUUUUGAACUGAUUACUCAUUCAACUAAAUGGAUUGCCAAAUAUGGUCUACUACCAUUUGCUUCAGAAGUCCAAACAAAGUGUGUGGGGGUGUGGGAGUUCUUUAUCAAGAAACCCCAAAUUGAUCGCAUAAUUUGGAUUUCAUAAUCAUAUUUGUACAUAUUAUGUGAUUUGCCUCACUCAAUACGUUGUACUUUCCUAUGCAAACGUCUGCUCCAUUUUGUGGGGGUUUUUUUGUUUUGUUUUUUUAAUCAAAUGUGUUAAGAGAUUGUGCCUAACAAAAUGAGACCAUGUGAAGCAGUGUUUCCUCCACUCAGUAUGCUAUUUGGUCAUUCCAUGGUUAUUUACCUUUGUCUAAAAAAUGUAUGCUGUAUGUUAUGCUGACUCAUUUAUCUGAUUGUAUGAAAAUAGCUAAUUGGAAAUAACUAAUUGUCUUUAUUCAGUGACUUUCUUUCUCUCCCACCCUUCCAAGUACCAUUAUUUUUCUGUUAUGGCUAUACCUGAGAGAGCAUUGUCUUGCUCUUUUCCUGUCUCUUUUAAUUAAACCAUUUUCAUCCACAGUAGCUUAUAAAUAUUUCCUUUCCACGUUCUAUCAGUGUGGUUAAUUUUUGUUCUGCACAAUAGCAAAGGAUCAUAAUAGGCCUAGCUUAAACUGUUAUUUAUCUUGAUCAUGUUUGCUUUGCAAAAUGGUUCCAUAACAGCAAAACUUAGUUUAGAACUGUAGUUAGAGUAUAUGAUUUGUAAGCAGAGGUAAUGUUACAUUCUGACCAUUCUGGGAUUUGACAGUUGUAAUACUAUAGGUAUACUAUAUAUGUAUAGUGUAUACUAUAUACAGUGGGGGG